GAAGGAUUAUAGGGUGUCCUUCCAAAAGCAAGUGAAAGUGAACCAGGGAGGAGGAUCGAGGAGAGUUCGAGGCGAAGCGAAACCAAGGGCUUUUUCUCUCCCUCUCUCGGCUGUUGUUCUUUAUCAUUACGCUCUCUGCCUUUCUCGCUCUGUAAAGCAAACCAAACCAAACCGAAGCGACGCCUCACUGCACCCAUUUCUGUUGCCUUUGGUGUUGUUUUGUUUGUUGUUUUCCUUUUUCAUCGCACUCUAAAACCGGCGAUUUUCCGGCCGCCGUUUUUCUUCAUCUGAGGGAUCAUGGGGAGGAAGAAGAGAACUGAAGGUGGUGGUGAGAGAUCAGAGUCUCAGGACGUUGGUGGCCGUGGCUCCCAAGGAUUUGCUGAAAGGAGAGACUUCCCGCAGCAACAUAGUGGCAAUGCAUACCAGGGUGGGGGGAGAGGCUGGGCUUCUCAAGGGGGACGUGGAGGUCAAGGUGGUGGUCGUGGCCGAGGGACGUCUCAACAUCAGCACUAUGGAGGACCUCCUGAAUACCAAGGAAGGGGUAGAGGUGGGCAAUAUCAGCAUGGAGGACGCAGUAACUAUGGUGGUGGUAAUCGCGGUGGCAUGGGUAGUGGUGGCAUUGGGGGAGGACCUUCUUCUGGUGGCCCAUCCAGGCCAUCAGUUCCCGAGCUGCACCAAGCAACCCCAGUGUAUCAAGGUGGGGUGACUCAGCCAAUCUCAUCUGUGGCGAGUUCUUCCUCCCACCCACCUGAUACCUCAUUGUUAGAACAACAAUUUCAGCAGAUUUCCAUUCAGCAGGAAUCUGCUCAAAGCCAAGCAAUUCAACCUGCACCCCCGUCUAGUAAAUCUAUGAGAUUCCCUCUGAGACCAGGAAAGGGUAGCACUGGCACAAGGUGUAUUGUCAAGGCUAACCACUUCUUUGCGGAGCUUCCAGAUAAAGAUCUUCAUCAGUAUGAUGUUACUAUUACGCCAGAAGUCACUUCGCGUGUCUAUAGCCGAGCUGUAAUGGAGCAGCUGGUGAAGUUAUACAAGGUCUCUCACCUUGGAGAUCGUCUUCCUGCCUAUGAUGGAAGAAAAAGUUUAUACACUGCCGGUCCUCUUCCUUUCAUAUCAAAUGAGUUUAGAAUAACUCUUUUUGACGAGGAAGAUGGAUCAGGAGGACAAAGGCGGGAGAAAGAAUUUAAAGUCGUAAUCAAAUUUGCUGCUCGUGCUGAUCUACACCAUUUAGGACUCUUUCUUCAAGGCAGACAGGCUGAUGCCCCUCAGGAAGCCCUUCAAGUUCUGGAUAUUGUUUUACGCGAAUUGCCUACUUCAAGGUAUUCCCCUGUGGGCCGAUCAUUUUACUCUCCAAACCUUGGUAGACGUCAGACACUGGGUGAGGGGCUGGAAAGCUGGCGUGGCUUUUAUCAGAGUAUCCGUCCUACUCAAAUGGGGCUCUCUCUAAAUAUUGAUAUGUCAUCUACUGCUUUCAUAGAGCCUUUGCCUGUUAUCGACUUUGUGACUCAGCUUCUCAACCGCGAUAUGUCAUCCAGACCACUUUCUGAUGCUGACCGUGUUAAGAUAAAGAAGGCUCUUCGAGGUGUCAAGGUUGAAGUGACACACCGUGGGAAUAUGCGCAGAAAAUAUCGCAUUUCUGGGUUGACAUCACAAGCAACGCGGGAGCUAACUUUCCCGGUUGAUGAAAGAGGUACUAUGAAAUCGGUGGUGGAGUACUUUUAUGAAACGUAUGGGUUUGUUAUUCAACAUACUCAGUGGCCUUGUCUUCAAGUAGGGAACCAGCAGAGACCUAACUAUCUACCGAUGGAAGUAUGUAAGAUUGUUGAAGGACAGAGGUAUUCCAAACGGCUCAACGAGAGACAGAUAACUGCUCUGCUCAAGGUUACAUGCCAACGACCACACGAUAGAGAGGCUGACAUAAUGCAGACAGUACGUCAUAAUGCAUAUCAUAAUGAUCCAUAUGCAAAGGAGUUUGGAAUUAAGAUAAGUGAGAAGCUUGCUUCUGUUGAAGCUCGUAUUCUUCCUCCACCAUGGCUAAAAUAUCAUGACACAGGCAGAGAAAAAAAUUGUUUGCCACAAGUUGGACAGUGGAACAUGAUGAAUAAGAAAAUGUUCAAUGGUGGUACUGUAAACAACUGGAUGUGUGUAAAUUUCUCUCGCUCUGUGCAAGAGAGUGUCACUAGCAGGUUUUGUUAUGAACUGGCUCAAAUGUGUUACAUUUCUGGCAUGGCUUUCAAUCCAGAACCAGUGCUUCCUCCUAUUUUUGCCCGUCCUGAUCACGUGGAAAAGGCCCUUAAAACUCGGUAUCAUGAUGCAAUGAGCAUUCUCCGACCCCAGGGCAAGGAACUUGAUCUGCUUAUUGUUGUUUUGCCAGAUAACAACGGAUCUCUCUAUGGUGAUUUAAAACGUAUCUGUGAAACAGAUCUUGGGCUUGUUUCCCAGUGCUGUUUGACUAAACAUGUCUUUAAAAUGAGUAAACAAUAUUUGGCCAACGUGGCCUUAAAAAUAAAUGUUAAGGUUGGGGGAAGGAAUACAGUACUCGUUGAUGCAUUAUCUAGGAACAUACCCUUGGUUAGUGACCGGCCGACCAUUAUAUUUGGUGCUGACGUAACCCAUCCUCACCCAGGGGAAGACUCAAGUCCAUCCAUUGCUGCUGUUGUGGCUUCUCAAGAUUGGCCGGAAGUUACAAAAUAUGCUGGUUUGGUCAGUGCUCAAGCCCAUAGGCAAGAGCUUAUUCAAGAUCUUUUCAAAACAUGGCAGGAUCCUGUGAGGGGGACAGUGACGGGUGGAAUGAUCAAGGAACUCCUCAUCUCCUUCCGUAGAGCAACUGGACAGAAACCUCAACGCAUCAUAUUCUACCGGGAUGGUGUUAGUGAAGGACAAUUCUACCAAGUUUUGUUACAUGAGCUGGAUGCCAUUAGAAAGGCUUGUGCUUCUUUGGAACCAAACUACCAACCUCCAGUGACUUUCGUCGUGGUGCAGAAGCGUCAUCACACUAGGUUGUUUGCUAAUAACCAUUCUGAUCGCCAUGCAGUCGACAAGAGUGGGAAUAUAUUACCUGGUACGGUUGUUGACUCCAAAAUUUGUCAUCCUACGGAAUUUGACUUCUACCUGUGCAGCCAUGCUGGAAUCCAGGGUACAAGUCGUCCUGCUCAUUACCAUGUUCUGUGGGAUGAAAAUAAGUUCACAGCUGACGGAUUGCAGACUCUAACGAAUAACCUUUGUUAUACGUAUGCAAGGUGUACUCGCUCUGUUUCCAUUGUUCCCCCAGCGUACUAUGCUCAUCUCGCUGCAUUCCGAGCUCGCUUUUAUAUGGAACCUGAAACCUCUGAUAUUGGAUCAAUUAGCAGUGAUGCUGCUGCUGGACGUGGUGGCGUUAGUGGCGCUCGCAGUACACGGUCUCCAAGUAUGAAUGCUGCUGUUCGACCUUUGCCAGCUCUCAAAGAGAAUGUUAAGAGGGUUAUGUUCUAUUGUUGAAGUGCGACUAUAUAUGAGGUGGCCUCCUGGCCUGUUUUUAUUUACUACCACUACUACUCUACUACCACGGGUUUCACUCGAAGUGGUCUUGAAGUCUUGCAGUACUCGUGUGAUUAACUCUAGUACAUGUUAUUUUGUGUGAUUAACUCGCAUUUGGGGCUCAUGGUGGUCUCUUCGAUGCCAUGCUUCGCCGUCCAUUUGAGAAGGUAUGAUGUUAAACACAGCUUUCAGAAACUAUUUAUUUUCCUGCUUGGAUUGGUUUAAUCAUCAUUGGGAGGGAUGUUUGUGGCUUAGUGUUCUAUAUAUUGACUGCUUGAUGCUUUUCAA